GAAGACAUGGAUCUCUCCGUUUUGCCAAAUAACAACCAUCCUGACAAAUUCCUGCAGCUUGAUGUGAAGUCUUUAAUGAGCUCAGCCCUUCUUCCGGCGAGUCUGGUGAGGUUUCCAGGCGGAAAUUAUCCUGCUGCACAACACUGGCAAAACCUCGUCUACUCCCAGAAAGAAAAGAAGAAGCUUGCUAUUCAACCAAGUAAGGGCUCCAGGGAGAAGAGAGCUGCCACCGUUGAUAGCCCUCCACCAUCCAUGUCAUCAGUUAUGAAGAAUAACCCACUAUAUGGUGAUAUGAGUAUGGAGGAAGCUAUGGAAGAAAGAAAAAAGAGCCCUUCAUGGACCAUUGAGGAAUAUGACAAGCAUUCCCUGUACACAAACCUCUCUGAAUGUCUGAAGGAAAACCCUAAUGACCUGCGGUUUUGGUUGGGAGACAUGUACACGCCCGGCUUUGACACAUUGUUGAAAAAGGAAGAGAAGCAGCAGAAGCAAUCACAACUCUGCCGCCUGGGCCUGAUUUUACUCCUCGUCACCUCCAUCUUGGUUACCAUAGUGAUGAUUAGCACCUUGCUCACCUGAGGAAACUGCCCCAGACCCUCUUUCCACCUUUUUGAAAAAUCUUUCUAA